AUGGCCUCCGGAGCCCUAGAGGCCGCGGAGCCCCAAGGGGCGGCGGCUCCUCCCCCCGUCGAGGGCAAGGAGGAGGAGCUCCCCGAGAAAUCAGAGGUGGAGGAGGCAGAUCAAGUGGACCGAGAGAUCGCCGCUCCGGAGGAGAAGGAGGCCGAGGCUUCCGACGAGGAGGCCUCGGCCGAAGAUGACGACGGGGACGACGACGCCCCCCCGAAAGGGAAGGAGAGCGAGGAGAAUCCGAAAGGAGGGAGCUCCGUGGAGAAACAGGGCGUGCCCAAGAGGAGGAGGAAAUCGAGCGCGGCGAAGAAUAAGCAGAGCUCUCAUUUCAGCCUCCAGUCGCACCGUCUCGGUGCGCACAUGGACGGCCUCGCUCGACUCGUCGCCCGCGUGAUCGACCCUUUCCUGAUCCCCCACCCCUCGCUCGCCCUCGGCUUCUUCGACUGGGCCUCCCAGCAGCCCGGCUUCGCUCACGACCCCCUCACGUACCGCUCCGUCCUCAAGUCCCUCUCCGCUUCCCGACAGUCCAACGCCGUCGAGGCCCUGUUGAAGCGGGUCAGGGCCCGCGGGAUCAGCCUCGACGCCUCGGCAUACGGGCACGUCAUCGCCUGUUUCGUCAGGAACAAGAGGACCCACGACGGGUUUUUGGUUUUCAGCGAGAUUGGUUCGUUAGUUGGGGACGUUGGGCCCGACGUGUGUAACUUGCUUCUGGCUGCCCUCGCGUCUGAUGGGUAUAUCGAUAAUGCAAGGAAGGUGUUCGAUGAAAUGAUGCAGUGGGGUGUUCGUUUGAGCACUCUGGGAUUGGGCGUGUUCUUGUGGAAGUUUUGUGGUAAUGGGGAAAUUUCCGAGGUUCUGAGCGCGUUAGAUGAAGUUAGGAGGCGUAAUGCAGGGAUUAACGGGUCAGUUAUUGCCGUUUUGGUAGUUCAUGGUCUUUGUCAAGCUUCAAGGGUAUCAGAGGCUCUCUCUGGGUGCUGGACGAGCUGA